AUGAGUAAACUAAUAAGCUGUGUAUCCUUAAUACUAGGGAUAUACAUGAUGGAGAAGAUGGUAAAGGGAGAUGACGGAGUGGGAGUGUCAGUGCGAGAAGGAGAAAGCCUGGACUACUACAGCGUAAACGGAGAGACCUUCGUGGACGCGAAGAAUAAAAAGAAGGUGUCAGUGACGGAGAUCAGCUUCGACGCGCUGGUGGAGGACAUAGUAUGGUGCGGAACGGAAAAUAAAGUAGUGUUACUGAAAACGUCCUCAGGAAGGUUGUAUAGAAGCCUUAAUAGCGGAAAACAAUGGUCAGAAAUAACAGCACAGCUGUCAGGACAGAACAAGAACGACCCGUUCCACGUGGACUCAAUGUUCGUGUGCGAGUCUGACAAGAAUGUAGUGGCGAUCCUGGGGACAGGAGAACAACAUUACAUGUCCUCAGACGGAGCGAAAACAUUUAAGCCAAUGGGAUUCAAAGGAGAAAUAAACAUGUUCUUCUUUCACCCGUCGAAAGCGUCAUGGUCGCUCCUGAGCACGUGGGAAGGAGACUGCCUGUCUAAGGGAACAGGAGGAGACUGCACGCACGCAAUGUACGUGAGUAGAGACCUGGGAGCAACAUAUAAGCUGGUGACGAAGUACGUGGGCCAGUUCAGCUGGGGAGACCCGAAGCACAACAGCGAAGAUAGAAUAUACUACAGCAGAUACGAAAUGCAAUCAGGAGACCAGCCUAAACAAGACGGCUGGAACGACACAAUCACAUUUAAGUACACAGAUGACUUCGGAGAGUCGUCACAGGAGCUGCUGAAGGGAGGAAACAAGUUCCUGGUGAGCAACGGAUACGUGUUUGUAGCGCAAGUGGCAGACACAGCAAGACAAACAGUAAACCUGUGCGUGAGCACAGAUAACGCGAAGACGUUCAACAAAGCAAGAAUAAGCACGGAGCUAGACGAAAAAAGCUACACGAUCCUGGACACGUCGGAAGGAGCAGUGAUGAUACACGUGGGUCACCAGUACGAAGGAAGCGACGUGGAGGUGGGAAACGUGUACAUAUCAGACGCAAGUGGGCUGAACUACACGCUCUCGCUGCCAAAUAACAUAAGAGCGUCAACAGGAGAGUGCGAGUUCGACAAGGUCUUCUCACUGGAAGGAAUAUACCUGGCGAACUUCAGAGACGACUCAGGAGGAUUCCUGGACCCGCAGCAGUCGUUCAAAGCACACAUCAACGGGAACGCAGGAACGAAAAGCGCAACAGGAACGCAGGUGGACAAGAAGAGAAGAGGCGCCUCGCACAGAAAGGUGGAGCCGAACAUAAGAACAGUGAUAUCAUUCAACAAGGGAGCACAGUGGAACUACCUGACGCCGCCGAAGGUGGACUCGUACGGAAGACAGUACGACUGCGACCCGAACAGAUGCUUCCUGCACCUGCACGGAAUCACGCAGUUUAAAAACUUCGCACCCUUCUACUCAGUGGAAAACGCAGUGGGCCUUAUCCUGGGCACGGGAAACGUGGGAGACCACCUGACGUUCGAAAGCUCGAGCGUCAACACGUUCCUGAGCAGAGACGGAGGCUUGACGUGGAAGGAGGUGCACAAGGGAGCCUUCAUCUACGAGCUGGGAGACCACGGAGGACUGCUGGUGAUGGCGCAGGACCAGAACAAGACGCGAGAAGUGGUCUUCAGCUGGAACGAAGGAGCGAGCUGGUUCGACUUCUCGCUGAGCAAGAGCGAGCUGAGCGUUAACAACAUCGUUAUCGAGCCGACAUCGAGCUCGCUGGAGUUCCUGCUCUACGGAAACAGGAACGGAAUCGGAGUGGUCUUCCACCUGGACUUCACGACGCUGAACCAGCCAGCCUGCAAAGGAAUCUGGUCAAUCAACUCGUCAAGCAGCGACUACGAGACGUGGACGCCGAAGGACAUGUCAGGAAACGAGUGCCUGCUGGGCAAGAAGGUGACGUACAAGAGAAGGAAGCAGUCGAGCGAGUGCUUCAACGGAAAGGACUUCAAGAGGAACGUGGACAAGGAGCUCUGCCAGUGCACGAAGCAGGACUACGAGUGCGAGGUGGGCUUCACGCGAGGAAUAGGAAGCGACGUCUGCAAGGUCGAGGGCUCCUUCCUGGCGAAGGAGGGCUGCAGGUCCGCGUCCUACUUCUACACGAACGCGUACAGAAAGGUGCCGGGCGACGUGUGCGUGGACGGCUGGGUGCCGGAGAUGGUGGCAGUGGCGUGCCCCCCGCACUCACCACUGUCUAAAGGGUCAAAGAUGGUGCUGACGUUCCUGCUGAUACUGUCGUUUGUAAUGUUGGUCAUGGUCUACGUCUCGCAAAACGAAAAGCUGAAGCUGAUGUUCCACAACUACGGAUUCAAGAGCUACGAACACGUGCCGUACUCGAGCGUCAACAGCAGAAAGAGGACCAACAUAGGAGGAAGGUUCGAGCCGGAGCUGGGCUUCAUCGACGCGGAGCAGGAGCACGAGGAGGUGCCGACACUGCUGAACUACCUCCACGACUCGGAAAAAAACCAGGAGCCGAAGACAAUAGAACUUUUGUAA